AUGAGACUUGUUGGGUUUCAAGAAGUGGGGAAAGCGGAACAACCCUCUCACUCACUCUAUCUCGCAUACGCACAACAAAUAAACCACAUUUCAUUGCUCAUUGAUUAUGAAGGUUAUUCGGUGUUGCCUAUGGCUAUUCGGCAAGACACAAUCGUGGCCAUUCGGAGAAACGAGUCUGAAAAGGUUCUUAAGAUCGCUAACGUGAAUGGUGGAAAAUAUUCUGUUUGCACUUAUCCUGCUGAUCCUCUCCAGGAAAUCGACUUGAAGAAUCACAAAUGGGGCCAUUAUUUUAUUUGUGGGAAAAAAGGCAUCUUUUUUACAGGUUCUGGACUAUCAAGCUCUGCAGCGUUUGUCUGUUCAUCCACAAUUACUAUUAUGGCUGCUUUUGAUGUGAACUUCCCAAAGGUAUGCCUUUCGGGCUGGAAUUCAUGUGUGCGUAAUAGUUUGUGGUUUAUUUCUUAA